UCAUACAUAUACCUGUUUGAGUGAUGUUGUCUUGUUGUGUAAGAGAUGGUGCCAUAGGAUGUGAUGGCUAUUGUGUACAAUGUUUUGAAAGAAGAGAAGCCAUGUUUUGGAUGUCUUAUGUCAUAACCACUGGUGAUCACAACAUCUCCAUUAAAACAGUAAAUAUUGGACAUCAUUGAUGAGUUGGUCACCACUAGUUGUCCCCAACCGAAGCCAAUGUGACCACACUUGAAGAUAUCCAUCAUAUGAAAGACUAAACAUUACAUCACAUGUAAGACAACAACUGAUAUGACAUUUGCAGUCAUAUCUAAUGUCUUGUCUUUUGAUUAAAUGUGAUAAUCGUUUGAUAUUAAACCACAUUUGAUGUCUUAAAGUGAAUGAAUGGAUGCAAUGAAAUGAAUGUCACAUUUGUUUUGAAGAAAUUUUUAAUUGUUUUAAAUUGAUUGUUGUUUUGUCUGUGAAUGUCAUAAGUGGUUGUCUUCAGUGGUAGUCUUCAGUCAUGCGAAUGGUUUCCGACAAAUCGAAUCCUUUACUCACAUCUUAUAUGUCGACCGCACUGUCCAACAGUUCAUCGCAGAACAGCUCAAGAAUCAAGAGAUUGUCGAAUAAAACAAAAACCAGAAAAAAGACAAAACAUGAGAGAGAUUCAGAUGACGAUCGGGACAAAUGUUCGGACCAUUUCCGUGAGGCCACACAACACCGUAUUGUUAAAAGUAGUGACCGAUGUGUCACUAAUCGGUUGGUCGACACAAAUGCUAACAACAAAAACAAAAGCGUGAAAUCAUUUGCUCGAAAACUGUCCGAAAGUGAUAGCGAAGACUCGGAUUCAGUGUCGAGUGUUUCCGAAAUGGAUAGACACGAGAAUUGCGAGUUUUCGAUCGUCAAAGAGUCCAACAACUCAAACAUUGGUGCUCUUAAGCUUCGGAUUGCAACCCGAAGAACAAAUUCGGUUCCAAAUAAAAAGUCUGAAGCAAAUCAUAUUAUAUCGAAAAGACAACUGAGUGUCACUGAAGUAGUUUCCGGUGUAAUCAAUGAGCCCAAUGAUCAUGAAGACCAUGGAGUGGACUGUCAGUGUUGGAAACACGCGGGUAAAGGCAAACGACAACCGAUUCCCAUUAAGUUAAAUCACAAACACAGACGUAAAUACCGACAAAAUGACAGCUCAUAUGACUCGAGUCGAAGUCGAAGCAGAAGUCGGAGUGGAAGUCAUAGUCGAAGUGAGAGCAGAGACUCAAAUCAGAGUUAUUCUGACUGUUCUUCAAGAAGUUGUAGUACAAGUAGCAGCGGUUCAUCAUAUUCAUCAUCUCACAGUUCCAGCAGUUGUCGCAGUUCCAGCUGUUCCAGCACUGGUUCCUCUUCAGAUUCGUCGAGUGGUUCCAGUAUUUCCGGUGAUAGUGAGUCGUCAGACAGUGAUAUUGAUUACAAAGGCGAGCACAGGAAGAGCUCAAAACAAUCGAAAAGUACAGCAAUAAAUAAUUUAAAUAAAAGUGAAGACUCUUGUAAUGGUUUGAAAGUAAAUUCACAGAAAAAUGUAAUGCCAUCGACACCAUUAUCUCAACCUUCUUCGGUUUCCUGUGAAAGUAGUUGUUAUAGUCCAGCCAUUAGUAUAAAUAGUCCAAUGAAUUAUCAAUCAUCGAUGAGUACACACAAGAAGAGAGAUCCAGCAGAAGAAAGACAACGUUUGAGAAAUUAUCGAAUUCCUCACUUACAGAAUCGCGAGCGGGCGGUGACCACUAGUUCAAACACAACUGCUUCACAAAGCCAUAAGAGUCCGGCAACGGUUACCGUUGCGGUUCAAGUGCAGACAGAAACUGAAGAGAUGAAAGUGACAACAAAUACUUCUAAUAAAUCUAAGUCUUUGUCAACUACGAAGAAUCGUAGCGUUGGCACCGAUACUCACAAUACAAAUAAUGGCUAUAAAAGCAUAAAUCGUAAAACGAAAAAAUAUAAAAAAGAUAAAAAUAAUGAAACAAAGAGAUCAAAAUCUCUUUCAAACAAAUCUAAAAAGUCUAAAACAAAGACAUCUCACACAAAAUGUACGGAACCGGUGCUUCAUUCAACCGAUCAGCUAAACUCUAAGAUAGUCAGUGACGGCUAUUCAAGUAAACAUGUCUGUGGUAAUUACGCUGCUAUUUGUUCUGAUAUCGACAAAACUAUUGAACAAAUAUCACCAUUGAGUCAAAAUUGUUCACUCAUAAAGAAAAAUACAGAAAAAACAUCACUUUCUCAAUCAGUUCCUCAAAUAAACGAUAUUUCAAAUAUUAAAUCGAGUCCUGAAUCUCUUAAAAAUGAAAAGGCAUCAUCUGAUAGUGGGAUCCAAUCGCAAGGAGAGUCACCACAUCGACAUCUUUCUAUUAGUGAUACAGAAUUUCUACCAAUGGAUGCGACAACUUCUCAAUUAGAGCCAAAUUCUCAGCAAAUGUCAAACUCUAGACCAGUGAAUACUCGCAACAAAAAACAAAAGAACAAAUCAUUAAAAGAGAAGAAAAACAAAAAGUUGACCAAUAAUUCACUUUUAAGAAUAACCAGUGAUAUUAAAAUUGAUAAAAAUCUAAUUGAUUUAGGAGUCAAAAGUGAUUAUUUUGACACCUCUUCACUGAAUCAUUCACUAAAUCCAAUGUUAUCUCCGACUUCAUCAUUGACAUCAAAUGCUACAAAUGUCGUUCAAUUGACUGAAUUAUUACUCAACAAUUCCAACCCAAAUGAUGCCAUUAUAGGUCAAACUAAGGACUCAAGAAGUCCUUUAAAUUUUAUGCCAAUGAUGAGCGCCAGAAAUUAUUUGCCAUAUCCUCGAAGUCAUUCCAAUUCAGGAGAACAGCCUUUUGUCAAUCAAAAACGUGAAGAUGACUUUGAACUUCUUGUUCGAAGUAUUAAAGAUUCAAUUUGUUCUCAAUUUCAGUCAAAUGAAACUGAAGAACUUGAAUUCGGACAGUUCAGUGUCACCAAUAGUACUGAUUGGAGACAAUCAUCACAUGAGGGCAAUAAUAAUCAUAAUAUUUCUAAUCAAUUGAACGCUGAUAUGCCUUCAUUUAAUUUACGACAAAAUUACAAGAAAUCGAUAGAGUCUUCUGAUAAAAAGCGAAACAAUAGAUUAGAUAAAAACAAAAAAGAUUUGAAAAUUGAAAAGAAAAGUCAAAUUAUUUGUGAGGAAGAGUCACAAAAUAAACGAUUAGAUGUAAGGAAAAGUCGGUCUAAAUCUAAGAAAAGUCAAGACAAACAACAAAACUCUAGUAAAAGUUCAACAAAUUCUCAAUCGACUCUUAAUGUCUUUGAAGUACAAACAGAAGUAAAUUAUUUUAAGACGGAUUUGCAUUCGUUGGACGAAUUGAAUGGUGAAAGACAUUUGAGUGAUAUAGUAAUAAAUAAAGACAUCAUAAAUAAAAACUAUAUUAACCAAAGUAAACAAGAAUUUCGACCCAAAUCUGAGAAAAUACGGCAUUUGAGUCAAUUAUCACCACAAAUGGGUUUUGCAUUUAGGAGUAGUUCAUUAUCAUCUCAUUCAAGAAAACGCAAGAAACACAAGCGUCACAAAAGUAAAAAACAAAAGAGUGAAGUGAAACACAAAGAAAGCCAUUUUGAGAUGAGUUCUGAAGAUAUGUCACUAAUAGAGAAUCUCACGGAAGGCCUACAACUACUUAAGCCAUUUGGCAAACGUAUGGCUUUGAGUCCAUCAGAGAUUAAAGCCAAAGUGUUGCCAACGAUAUUCCAAUUGACUAACUAUUUAAAGAACAUUAAGAUUAACAGAAAACAUCACCGAACAUCUGAAUCCAAUCGAAAUACUACACCGAAAAGUACUCCGAAAAGUACACCUAAAACUAAUGAUCAGAAAUCUGUUCAAUUGAUCCAUGAGUUAAGCGAAACGACAACGAAGUCUUCUACGUCUAAAAAAUCUGGUAAAAAGAAAUCCACAAAUAAUACAAAUCAAUCUGAAGUAGCCAUUGAUAAGAAAAAGGCGGAAAAGAAAAGUGAAGUAACCAACACCUGUCUUCAGACUCAGAACAAUGGCUCAUCCGGUGCUAAUGAACAGAGAUUACCAUUGAAGAAGCGCCAUCACCGACACAUUGAGAGCAAACAGACCAAUGUAUCGCAAAUGGCAUUUUCUGUGACCAACACUAACAAUCAUCUUAACAAUGGUCCUAAUAUUGUGACAAAUUUGAGUGAUAUUAAAACAAAUGUUAAUUUAGUGGAUCAAACAAAUGAAAUGAUUAAUGAAACUAAUGUUGAGAUGAAAAGGAAAACAAAUAUAAAUUUGGUUACAAAUGUUGCCGGAGUUUAUAAUCAGUCGAAGAACAAGAAGUCGAUAUCGAAUGUAAGUCCAAAAUUGAAAUCAAUGACCGAUGGAUACAGUGAUUCAAAAGAAUCGAUAAAUAAUUUGCAAAAUGUUUGUAAAUCUGAUACUUUAAGCGCUAAAAAGUCAGUCAAUUCAAAGUCCAAUAAACGUGAGAUAAACACGAAUAAAGUGAGGAAAGAGAGCUUAAAUGUAGGCACAGUUAUCUCACAAGUGGUGCAUUCAAGUGCUGAUAAGCCCAAUACUAACUUGUCUGACGACUCUCUCAAAUACAAGAGCUCAUCGACAGCAAUGACUGGCAGUACUCUGUUAUGCGCACCUCUGGACAGUAUAGCAAAUAGUGAUAGACUGACUGCAAAUUCAAACGUUACGCCUAUAGUUAGCGAUAAUGUCAAUGAAAAUGAAGGCAAAGAAGGCAAUGAAGUGAAAGCGCAAAACUCUAUUGAAGAGACAAUAGAGCACUGCAUCAGAAAGUAUUCAUCAGAUGUUACCGAAACAAAUGAUGGCACCAAUGAUAGCACACACCUACACAACAACCAAAUGGUCAAACGCAGGAAAAUUGAAGAUACCAUCGAUGACAAACAUAAUGUCGCCACAGACAGUAAACUAACCGAUAAGUGUUUACCUAUUUGUUCUACAUUUGAUAACAUGAGGUCUAAAACCAAUAUGACAUCAAAAGAUAAGGAGACAACUUUAAAAUCAGCAAAAAUUAACAAAAAGCCUUUAAUCGACAAAAAACUAUCAAAGAAUUUAAAGAUCAAACAAACGGUAAAUCAAGACUUGAAAACUAAGUUAUCAAAGACUUGUAAUACACGUGACGUUAAGUUAACGAACUCUAAGAAUAUGAAAUCUGAAACUCAAGUGAAACAACAGAUACAGGAAUCGGGUGUCGGCUCUCAUGAUAUCAAACCAAAAGCAACGAAAAGAAAACGAACCAUUAAUAAGACAGGAUUUACAAAACCUCGCAAAAGAGUUCGUACAGAUAAUAAUGGUAAACAAAAUCAAGUGAAGACCGCAAUUAAUGGUAAACGAACUCACAUUGAAAAUAGUGAUAAUAUUGAAUUUGUGUCACAUAAGAAAAAUCCAUCAAUUGUUGCUAAAACUGCUAUUUCUAGUCAAAGAAUUAAUAAGUGUGUGGUAUCUGAGAAAAUCACUCGAAAUUGUAGUCAUAAAUCAAAUAAAAGUGACACUACUUUGAGCAACAAUAGUAAGAAUAAAACAAAGAAAAUGGAUUCAGAAAUAGGUGUCUUCCAAAAGUCUAGUACUCAACAAAAUAAAAGGACUAAUUGUUUAAAUAAAAGUGAAAAUAAAGAAAUGAGUUCCUUAUCUAAGAAGUUGACUAAUAUUAAACCAUUAAAACCUGAACGGCGUUUGUCUAAAGCAAGUAUUGACUCCCUGUCCUCAUCAGAAGCCUAUCUAAGUGAACAAAGCAGUGUUUCAGAUGCACCGAUAUAUAUGGUUACUGAGCCAUCAAACAAACAGAAUAUAGAUCCAAAUAAAAAACUUUAUCGAAGUUUUCAGAGAAAUCUUCCGUUUAAAAGAUACUUAAAGUCUGGCAAAUAUUCAGAUGAUUUGACAAAAAAUGAUAAGACUUGUAUAAAUAGUGAGAAAAUUGACAAAACAAGUGAUGACCAAAAUUCACAGUUAAGUUUGACUUCUGAUGAUCUAAAAUCAGACAAAAUAAAUGACGAACAAAAGUCUGAGAAAAUUUCUGGCGAAGAAUCUGAAAGUAUAACAACUAAAGAGGAGACUAAAACUAUUAACAAAUUGAUUCAAAUGCCUGAAUUGGAUUUUACUGAACCCGAAGAGUUUUUAUUACCAUAUGAUGUUUGGUAUCAAUACGAUAGACAACAGGCUUUAAAUCUGUCGAAUCCAUCACAUUAUAAGCGAAUUAAAAACAAUAUAUUCGUUGACGUGAAGCCAAUCACUAGAUAUCCGAUGCAAAGCUGUAUGUGUAAAAAGCCCGAUCCAUCAGAUAAAGAGACUAAAAGUUGUGGCGCUGAUUGUCUUAAUCGUCUUAUGUAUCAGGAGUGCUCACCACAGACCUGUCCGGCCGAAGAUUAUUGUCAAAACCAGAGAAUACAACGACGUCAAUGGAGUCCUGGUUUAGAUCGGUUUAUGACAUCUAACAGAGGUUGGGGUAUCAGAACCACUGAACCCAUUAAAAGCGGUGAUUUCAUACUUGAAUACAUCGGAGAAGUAGUGAGCGAACAGAAAUUUAAGGACCGUAUGGCCAAAGUCUAUAAAAAUGAUGUCCACCACUAUUGCCUUAAUAUUAACUCAACGAUUGUCAUCGAUGGCUAUCGUAUGGGAGACGAGGGACGCUUUGUUAACCACAGUUGCGAACCUAACUCCGAGAUGCAAAAGUGGUCAGUUAAUGGUGUUUAUAGGAUUGGAUUAUUUGCCUUAAGAGACAUUAUGCCAAAUGAAGAGCUAUCUUAUGAUUAUAACUUUGAUAACUUCAAUAUCGAGACUCGACAGGUCUGUAAAUGUGGAAGUACUAAAUGCCGCCGAUAUAUAGGCGGACGAUCACAACGGGGCAACUCUUCAGCAAAUAAAGAUAAAGAUAAUAGUGAUAAAAGUGAUAAUACAUCAGCUAAAGAGGUCACACUAUCACAAUCAUGAAAUUAGAUAAUUAAAUGUUGUUAACAAACAAUAUAAAGACUGAUUAAUUUUUAUAGCAAAUUAUUUGAUUGUUUAUUUGAUAAACUGAUAUUCACUCACAUAUUGAAAUCACACUCAAACACAAAACAUGUAAUAUAUGUAUUGUAUUAUACAGUUAUGCCAUAUAUUUAAUUCAUUGUCAUAAUUAAGAAUUGCAAUCUUCUUGAGCACCAUUCAACAGGUGGCCCAUAACGGGGUCCCCUCUAAGGGAUUAAUCACAUAAUUCACUUUAUCAUCAAAUAUAUCAUAAUUUGCUUAAAAUUAUGUCUGCUUUUUAAAUGAAUCAAAUUAUUAUUAAUAUUAAUAUUAUGUAAUCUCAAUGACAGUGGUCUCUCCUACUAUUGGGCCGAUUAUUUUUAUGACAUUUUAAAUUAUUACAAAAUUAGUGCAAUUAUUACUAUAUGUAAACUUUACUGUUAGACUUAUAAUAUAAAAUAGUUUGUUGAAUAUUUCUAUAUAUCAGUUCACCCCUUCCUCUAUUGUCGUAUCAAAUGAAAUCAAUUUUAUGCAUUAAUCUGUAUUUUAAUUUAUUUAGUUGUAAACUAUAGACUUUAUUGACAAACAAUUUGUAAAAUAGUGUCAUUAUAUAGUACUACUGUUUCCCAUUAAAAUCCCCGUCAGAUAACCUGUUGAUUCAUUUAAAAAUCACUAAUUUUUAAUUAUUGCUAUAAUUUUAUUAUUUAUAAUUUAAUAAAU